GCGAACGGCCGUUUGUUUACAUCACGAUGACGGAGACGAUUUCCUCCUUUCCGUAAAUCGUCUCUUUUUAUCGCUCUGACUCGAAGACACUGAGAUACAUAAGAGAUGCUGUCCCCAAAUGUCCCUGAGUUCGUUCCAAGAGGAAUGCAACCCACAGGCCCAACCGGAGGAUAUGAGCGGACUAUUCCACCUGCGGUUGAAAGGCUCCAUACAAGCCAGAGCUCCAUUCAGACAAUCAGAGCAGAGAGAAAGGAGGAGGAUUGGCAGCGGAGACAAGUGCAGAAUGCCUCUUCGCUAGAACCAGAGAGAAGGGAUUCAAAAGAGUCUUUUGGUGGUAAGAAGGGGGGAGGCUCGAACAGGGGCAGGCAUGGGUCAUAUAGUUCUUACACAAGAGAUAGAGACAGUUUUCGAAGCUAUGACAACUGGAGGCAGAGAGUGGAUGAAAAUCCAACUGACAGACAAGGUUCUUAUUUCAAGAGCACAAGGAGACCCACCAAGGGUGAUUCAGAAGGAGACUGCAACAAAAAUAGGAGUCAACAUGGAAAACAGCGUCCCUGGAAGCAGAAAGGUGAAAGUCAAGAAAGGGAGAAUGUCCAGAACAAAGAAGGAAAGAAAACUGUGGGGAGAGGGAAGAACAUAGCCUUAGGGCCAACCCAUGCCACAGAGACCCAGUCCCCUUCAUAUUGCAAGCCAGGUGUCAGUUAUGGUAAAAUCCUUGCUGGUGAUUUUGCUUGGGGAGGAAAGACUUCACUGGUUGGAGAUGGAGGUAAUCACCCGAAAACGUCUAAUGACUCAGGCUUGAUCUCAAAUGGCCAGCAAGAAGAGCAAUGGCCUUCCCUCCCUGGUUUCCAUACCAGGGCACUGGCCAAAGGGGAGAGGGUAGAGGCUGAAAGUCCCAGAGGCAGAGAGACUUCUCUUGCACAGGAUGGAGCUAUGGUAGACAGCAUGAAAGAUUCAGCUAUAAAAGAAAGUAAUACAAUUGGGAAGGAGGCAGUGGAAGUAACCAGGGUAGAAAAGGAAGAUUUGUCAUGGGGAAAGUUGACAUCUAGUGAUGAGAAAAAGGUUGGUGAAAAGGAUGAUGAAAGACAAACAGAAAAUGCUAUUGUCUGUGAAAUUAGAAGAAAUGAGAAUGCAGUAAAGGAGGGUCAUACAGGCCAAAGACAUGAUUCCCUGGAUUUAAAGCCAGUUCCUAGAGAAGGAGAGAAAAAAUACACAAACAGAUCUCCAAGAGGAAAGGUCACAAACAGCCAACAGCCAGAGGAAAAGGAAGAUGGGAACUUUGAAUGGCAGGUUAAAAGAGAUCGUCGGAAACAAGUGAAACCUCAGGAAGAGACAACAAAGUUGAGUGUUUUAGUGCAGCAGCAGAAAGGAGUGAAAAAUAGGAAAGGCAAAGCUGAUGUCAACCCUAGUUUUGCAAAGGGGAAAGCAGUAUCUAAGAGUGAAACCAAGUCAACAAAUCAACACACUAUGAAAAAUAAGCCUCAUGUAAUUGCAACAUCUGCUAAUAAGAUUAACAGAAAAAUGAAGCAAAAUCCUCCAGGGCAACAAGAUCAGUCAGCUGUGGAAGGACCUGGUGUUUCAUCUCUUGCUGAUAAAGCUUCUGCCAAGAAUAAUGGUUCUGUGCCAGUAGAUGCUAAGAAACCCAUCACUUCGGAAAAAGAUUCAUCUAAGCUGAAAGCAAAGAAACUUAAAAAGAAGGAAGAGAAGAUGAAAAUUAGAGAGCAACAGAUCCGGAAAGCUCAAGAGAUGAUGAAGAAAGACUCUAAGCUCUCAAUGAUAACAAAGGCCUUCUUAGAAUCAGCUGCCUACACUGGCAGUGGUGGGCAGACAUCAAGAAUGUCAAAAACAGCUGGCCAGAGCCUCUUUGAGAAUUUCCCCAGUCUGGGUGAACAGAGCCCAUACAUUGUAAAAAGAAAUGUUAAAGGUAAUGUCGUGCCUCCAGCUACUAGUAAAAGUGGUUCUCAUGAGGAUUCCAGGGAGAGGAAGAAACCAAGAAACCCAUCAGUUCCUCUGGCAAGUCAAGCCAGUGGAAGUGGGACAGCCAGUGGAAGCAUAACUUCCCCUUCUGUUUCAAGCUACUCUGGGGUGCUCUUGGCCUCACCCAGGAGAGCUGCAGAAUCUCAGUCUCGCGCCAUGGACGACAGUCAAGUCAAGGACACGAGGAAUGUGGUGGCACAGAAGAAAAAGGUCAAGACUAGGGACCGCAUUGAACUGGACCUCAUGUGUGCAGCGCUUGAGUCCAAGAAGAGAAAAGAAAAGGAACUCUCUGAUAAGAUCCUCAUGUCGGAGUUGCAUCCUGGAUUAGAGAAGCCCAAGAGAAGUAUGGAAACUCAUACAGUUAUCAAAGGCUCGAAAAAUGCCUUUGCUGGUCAUCUCAGAGCCAAGGCUAAAGGCACUGCCCCAGCCACAACGCUCUUCCGAGGCUUCCAGCGCGAAGGGAGGGAGCAUAAAUACCUCUCACCACUCAAGAAACGGAUGAAGAAAGCCCGACUGCAGGAAGCCGAGACGUUGCUGGCCAUUGUUAGAGAAGCAAAAAAGGCCCAGGAGAGGUUGAUCCAGGAAUCCCUCUCUCAGUCAGCAGAGACCAUUGUGGAGGAUGAGGCGAAGCUGUCUGAGUCAUCGCAGUUGUUACCAUCUUCUUCCCCAGAGUUACCAAAAGAUGAAAUUAUAAAUGAGAAGAGAGAUUUGAAAGAUGUUAAUGGGUGUGACGGUGAAGGUAGUUCAGUUGCUGAUGUGGGAGAAGAAGAACUUAAGGGUGAUUCUCUGAGUGCAAGUGAAGGAUUGCAGUCUGCUACAAGGUUGAGUGUGGAUGGAACGGAGGCAGUUGCUGAGCCCCAAGACAUGAAUUCGGAAACACAGGUCACCCAAGAACCUCAGAGCAUCUCAGAUGCAAGAAGAUCCGAACUUGAACAGGACAUGAAAAAUAUGGACCAAGAGAGCACAUCCAACAAGAAAAUAGUGAACACAACUACAACAGUAACAAACAAAGACAUAAAAAAAGUCAUCAAGGACAUCCAUGCACUCGACAUCUCUCCAGCAAGAGUGGGAGGCCUUCUGGCCAACCUUGACGACCCUGAGCUGGCUAAGAGGUGCUCUGAACUGGCCCAGGAAAUCAAGAUCAUGGCCCACCCUGUGCACAAGAUGUCCUUCAGGGAGUACUGCGACCAUAUGAUCACCCCAGAGGUGGACUCGGAAGCCAAGAAACUGGUGACGAUGCUGGUGAAGUUUCAGGAGCGGCAAUAUCAGCGUGACCCCAUAAAGGCCAAAAUCAGACGGAGAUAUGUAUGUGGCCUGAAGGAAACGACAAAACUGAUGACGAAGAUGUCUUGUGUCAUUGUGGCUCCCGACAUUCAGCGUAGUAGAGGGCCUGGCCUCCUAGAUGAAGUGGUGGCCAAGAUGCUGAACCGGGCGAGGGAGAGUGGCGUUCCCCUCAUCUUUGCCCUAUCCCUCAAGAAUCUGGGGAAGCUGUGCCACAAGAGUGUACCUGUGAGCUGCAUUGGCAUCAUCAAUUACCAAGGAGCUCAGGAUGUCUUCAAUCAGUUAAUGGAGCUGGUACCCGCAGCUAAGGCCAAGUACCAAGCUCUCGUCAAUACUGGACUGUGCACUGUACCUGCUGAAGCGGAAGGACUCUCAGAUGAGGAGAAAGAGCCUGAAGGAUCCUUGUUGAAAGAUGCCGUGACCUCGUAGUGUGUGAUUUUUAUAUGUAGCGGCAGAAAACUUGUGUGUGCUGUGAGUGAGUUUGGUGAGGGGACGGGUCUUGGUGGCUGUGACUGAUGUUGACUGUACUUGUUGCCUGUAAAUGGCUUUGCAGGAACUGAUGCUUGUAGGUGACUGCAGUUUAAGGCCUGGGAAUGGCUGUGCAUUGAAUAAUUCAUAUGUGUAAGUGAUAUUUUAUUGUCUACAGUUAAAAGUAACUGUGCAGAAUAUAUUCUUAACAGUAUGGAUAGGAAAAAUGCUAUUGAAAUAAGGAAAAUCUUUACAUGCUAAA